AUGCUGGACCGUAGGUACGGCGGCGCCGUUUGUCCCGAUGACCUCGAUGGACCGGGCAAGGUGCUCGCUCACGCGAUGUUACCCACAGGGGCCCGGAACGACGUGUCGGAGGUGCACAUAGACCACCGCGAGACGUGGCACAUCGCGCUGACCCCCAAUCCGCAGAAUUCGCAUCAUCUGCUGCGAACGCUCGUUCACGAGAUCGGUCACUCGUUGGGGCUGUCGCACACCACGGACGAGAACUCGCUCAUGUACGCGUACUCACCCGCCGUGGACUGGCCGGUGGUGCUCGGUAUGGAGGACGUUCUCGCCGUGCGGAAUCUCUACGACGCCGCGAAGGACGAGCCGUCGACCGUGGUGCCUGCCGAGCCUACGGUCGUACAAACGACUACGACGCCUGCGACUACGACGACGGCAUCGCCGGAACCGCCCGAUCCGUGCACCUGGCGCGAUAUCGACACCAUGCUCGUGCUGAGAAAGCGCUUGUUCAUCACGCAAGGGCAGUACGCGUGGUCGAUCGGCCUGGAUGGGAAGAUCGUCGACAGGCCGUUCUUCCUGAGGGAUUAG